AUGGCUCUCCACGUCCCCAAAGCGCCGGGUUUUGCCCAAAUGUUAAAGGAUGGUGCCAAGCACUAUUCAGGGCUUGAGGAAGCAAUCUUUCGUAACAUCAGAGCAUGCAAGGAGCUCUCUCAGACCACACGCACUGCCUAUGGGCCUAAUGGCAUGAACAAAAUGGUCAUCAACCACUUGGAGAAGCUCUUUGUCACUAAUGAUGCCGCAACUAUCCUCAGAGAGCUUGAGGUUCAGCAUCCCGCCGCCAAAAUGAUUGUGAUGGCGUCUCACAUGCAAGAGCAGGAGGUUGGAGAUGGCACCAACUUUGUCCUGGUGUUUGCCGGAGCGCUGCUGGAGCUGGCUGAGGAGCUUCUCAGAAUGGGCCUGUCUGUGUCCGAGGUGAUCGAAGGCUAUGAGAAAGCCUGUAAGAAAGCUUUGGAGAUCCUGCCAGACUGCGUUUGCUCCUCAGCAAAGAACCUGCACGAUGUGAAGGAGGCGGCGUCUCUCAUCCGUACAGCGGUGAUGAGCAAGCAGUACGGCAACGAAGACUUCCUUGCCAACCUCAUCGCACAGGCCUGUGUCUCCAUCUUCCCAGAAUCUGGCAGUUUCAACGUUGACAGCGUGAGAGUGUGCAAGAUAUUGGGGUGUGGGGUGACUGCGUCUUCUAUGCUCCACGGCAUGGUCUUCAAGAAAGAGGCCGAAGGAGACAUCACAUCGGUCAAAGACGCCAAGGUGGCUGUCUUCUCCUGCCCCUUCGACUGCAUGGUGACAGAGACCAAGGGUACAGUGUUGAUAAACAAUGCACAGGAACUCAUGAACUUCAGCAAGGGUGAGGAGGAUAUGAUGGAGGCUCAGGUGAAGGCCAUCAAGGAGGCUGGAGCCAACGUGGUGGUUACCGGCGGUAAAGUAGCCGACAUGGCGCUGCACUAUGCCAACAAAUACAAGCUCAUGGUGGUCAGACUUAACAGCAAGUUUGACCUCCGGAGGUUAUGUAAGACUGUGGGAGCUGUAGCCCUACCAAGGAUGACUGCCCCCACUCCUGAGGAGAUGGGCCACUGCGAUAACGUGUACCUGACAGAGGUGGGAGACACUCAGGUGGUCGUCUUCAAACACGAGAAAGAAGACGGUGCCAUUUCAACAGUAGUGAUCAGAGGCUCCACCGACAACCUGAUGGACGACAUCGAGAGGGCCGUCGAUGACGGAGUCAACACCUUCAAGGUCCUGGUCAGGGACAAGCGUCUGGUCCCUGGCGCUGGAGCCACUGAGAUCGAGUUGGCCAAAAACAUCACCUCAUAUGGAGAGUCUUGCCCCGGCCUGGAGCAGUACGCCAUCAAGAAGUUUGCCGAAGCGUUUGAGGCGCUGCCGCGAGCCCUGGCCGAGAACUCUGGAGUGAAGGGGAGCGAGCUCAUUUCAAAAAUGUAUUCUGCGCAUCACGAGGGAAACAAGAACAUGGGCUUCGACAUUGAGGGAGACGGCCCCGCUGUGAAGGACAUGCUCGAAGCUGGCAUCCUGGAGCCGUACCUGGUGAAAUACUGGGGCGUCAAAAUGGCCACCAACGCUGCCAUCACCGUGCUGCGGGUGGAUCAGAUCAUCAUGGCCAAACCAGCAGGGGGACCCAAACCUCCCCAGGGCAAGAAGGACUUUGAUGAGGAUGACUGAAUGUGAUGCUCCUUUAACCCUCAGCGCUCCCACAUGAUUCACAAACCCUUUUUCUACUCGUUUAUUUAAAGCUCAACUGUUUUGGUUUAUUUUGUAGAACUGACCAUUCAUUGGUUAAAACAAAACAAACAUGUGAAAGUAAAGCAUACAUAUGGGUCUGUUGUCGCUUUUUAUGUUCUCGGUCCCAAAUAAAAGCACUUGUGCUGUGUCAUCUGG